AUGAGUAAACAUGAUUGCGGGCCCGGCGCUAUCACCACGGCCGGAACAACGUAUAUGCGACCUACAGUAUGUACAAUUCACCUGGAGCGCGCGCCAAGUCGCCGCUUAGAGGAGAGACAAACUAAAAGCGGCGUGUGGACUGCUCCUUCGCGGAAUCCGACUUGUCUUGGCGAUGCCAAGCGGCUCGAGGUUGCUGCUAUUAUCCAAGUCCGCAACCGAGCCGGUAGCGAUCUUGCAAACGGUCAAACCCGCAUCCAUCGCCAUCCAUCCAUGGCCCCAAGGCCUGCUGGUCGGGACUACGCACGAAAAGGCCGUGACGAUGAUCAAAAGUUUCUGCCUAACCCCCAGUUUCCUUAG